AUGUACACUGCGUGUAAGUGUUUAUAGGCUGCGUUUUAACACUUUCUAAUAAAUUGUACAAAAUGUAAAUAGUGAGCUAUUUGAGCGGAGAGCAAACGAACGGGGCUUCAAAUGGCUAAGAAGAAUUCAGACUGCAAAACAUGGGAAGUUCGAGUGUCAAAAGUGUUGAACGAAGUGCGCCUUCUGGAGAAGCACGCCAAGUUGAUGAAGGUGGGCGAAUUUGAGGCGGCCAAGUCCAUAUCCUCCAAGGACGUCCACUGCUACGAGGGAGGCGAACGGGGAAUGGCUGUGAGGAGCAAACAGUACUUAGUGUGUCAAUCUUCCCUGUCGCCAAAACUGAGCCAAGUGUUGAAACAUGACAUGGUGUUGCCCUAUCUCAUACAGUUCUUACAGGAGAAAUCUAAAGCUCAACUGGUCUACUUCUGGCUUGCUGCGGAGACUUUCCGACUGUCCGACCAAACAAGCCAAUCACACGAGGCGCAACAGUCUGGCAAAUCAGACGAAAACGAGUCACAUGAACAAGAUGACGACGAUAUGCUAGACAUAGACGUGUUCGGACCCAGUAACCCAUUUGCUGAUUCGUUAAUGACGUCAUACGAUGACGUAAUGGCAAAUGCUUCGAAAGAAGAUUUAGAGGCUGCUGAAAUUGAGGACGAAAACGGAGACUUCGGGGAUUUUUGUCUUUCUGGAGACAGCAGAACUAUCCGAAUAACAAUGAUGCCAAUCUUAGAGCAGGGGUCGACUCAAAUUGGUCAAAAUGGGUUGGAGGACGGCGAGAGUGCUUCGAAUGACCCUAUAGAUAGUGCCAAUUUUUUCAAGCAAAAUGCAGUCAACAUCUUCAUGAGGUACAUCUGCAAAGACUCCUCUCAGAGCGUGGAUUUGCCCGAUAGUUUGGGCACGGAAAUUUGGGACAAAAUAUGUGCGCAAGAGGGUGUGAAUUCUUACUGUUUCGUAUCAGCACAAAACCAUGUUUAUUCUAUCCUUCUUAACGAAUAUUUUGAAAGCUUUCUUUCCAGCUCACAUUUUGUAAACUACCAAUUAGAUCGCAUAACAUGUCGAAAUGUGACGCUGACGGACGUUCUUUUCUGUCACGUCACAAUUGCUUACUUUAUGGAGUUUUUACAAACAAUCACGCUCCAAAAUUUAGUAUCUUGUUUUCUAUCUAUUCAAAACUUCAAGUUAAAUUACGACAUGCAUUGUUCUUUAUCGGACGCUAAUUCAAUUUUCAACUCGUAUUUUAACGAGAAUUCGCUGUCAACUUUUGUGCAAUUUCCAGAGCCAGUUAUAAGCGUAGUUGAGAAACAGAUCCUGCAAGCAAAGAAGAUCUCAAUGUCUCCCGAAAGCGAAACUUGCGAGGUGAAGAUACCGUCUUCAGUGUUCGAUUGUGCGUUUGUUAUUUUAGGAAACGUGCUGAAAACGGAAGUUUUUCCCUUUUUUCUGAAAAGUAGAUACUACCGACAGUUGAAGCGGGAGCUGGAAGUUUCGUUUUUCGCAAUGCAAGGAGCCAGUAGUCGGGAUAAGAGCGACAGAUAUGCGGGGCUGUCUAGGGGCACAGAGUGCGAGACGCUAUUGAAAGCGGACGCGAAAGGACCGAUGGUACAGGAGCCUCGAUUCGUGUUUCCCAUUGAGGACGAAUCGAUCGAGACAAUCAGACGGAAGCCAGUGAAGCAGACACUGGGACAUGUGAAUGCAAUUGGAGAGUAUGUCUCCCAGUACGAGUCACUUCCGGGCGGCAUGCAGGGGAAAGAGAGUGUGAGGUCAAAGUUGAAACAACUCCUCACCCCGGGAAGGUCAAAGAAGGUGGCGGAGGCGGAGGAGCAGGAGGCUUGGGUCACGGCACACAAGAUUGUGAACCAGGUCAACCGAGAGACCCUGGACACUGGCGGCAAUAUAGCAGUGAACACAAGAAUAAAUACGCCAGAGUCCCAAAAGCACAGGAAAUACACAAAUAUUUCGGAUAUAUGAAAGAGUACAUCAAAGUCAAACCCAUUCUCAUAUUUAUAUAUACGUUCUUUGUAUCAAAUUAAAACAUUUUUAGUUCAUUGUUAUGAUAAUGCAUUCUUUCGCUACGCUGCAGUUCCUACAUUGAUAAUGCUCACAACCGUUUUCGUUCAUUUGUUAGAACUAGAUUCAAUCUAAUUUUAGUCCAGCCUGAAAUGCAAUGUCAAUAUAUCCCUAAAGUGUCAAAUAUCUGAAUAUUCAUUUGUGUAUACCAAAUUUAUCAAUGUUCCUGAAUAAAUAAUUCAAU